AUGGUAUAUAUCGUUGAUAAAUUAAAAGAAUUUAGUACAUGUAUGCCAUAUGUACCAAAACCAUUGGAUUUAUCACCACCAAUUGUUGAAGGCAAUGUUUCAACAGAUAAUCAAACACAAUCAACAAUGAGUACGGAACAAGAAGAAGAAGAAUUUAUUAAAAAUAAUUAUGUAGCACGAACUUUAUUGAAUGAACCUGAAUUACCAGCCAUUACUUGGACAAAUUGGUAUAAAGAAAUAAAUUGGCCUCAAGCUACAUUAUUAUGUCUUGAACCAUUUAUUGCACUCUAUGGUAUUUUUACGACGUCUUUCGCAUGGCAAACUGCUAUUUUUACUCUAAUAUGGUAUUUUCUUACUGGUUUUGGUAUAACUGCUGGUUAUCAUCGUUUAUUUGCUCAUCGAGCUUAUGAAGCAACAAAAACUUUACGUUAUAUUUUACUUACAUUUGGUGCUGGUGCUGUACAAGGAUCAGCUCAAUGGUGGUCACGCGGUCAUCGUGCACAUCAUCGUUAUACUGAUACGGAUCUUGAUCCAUAUAGUGCACAUAAAGGCAUGUUUUAUUCACAUAUUGGUUGGUUAAUAUUUAAACCUCGUCGAAAACCAGGUGUAGCUGAUGUUACAGAUUUAAAUCAUGAUCCAACAAUUCAAUGGCAACAUCGAAAUUAUAUAAGUUUAGCUUUUUUUAUGUCAUUUGUUUUACCUACUCUUAUUUGUGGAUUGGGAUGGAAUGAUUAUCGUGGUGGUUAUUUUUUUGCUGGUGUUCUUCGUCUUGUUUUUGUACAUCAUUCAACAUUUUGUGUUAAUUCAUUAGCACAUUAUUUAGGUGAUACACCAUUCGAUGAUCGACAUACACCACGUGAUCAUUUUAUAACAGCACUUGUUACACUUGGUGAAGGUUAUCAUAAUUUUCAUCAUGAAUUUCCAUCGGAUUAUCGAAAUGCACUUCGAUGGUUUCAAUAUGAUCCAACAAAAUUAUUAAUUGAAUUUUUUAAACUCAUUGGUCUUGCUAGUAAUCUUAAAGAAUUUCCAAAUAAUGAAAUUGAAAAAGGUCGUUAUACAAUGGUACAUAAAGAAUUAGAAAAAUUAGGUCGAACAAUAGCUUGGCCAAAACGAAAUGCUGAAUUACCUAUUAUAACAUUUGAAGAAUAUCAAGAAUUAUCAAAAAAAGAUGAUGGUCGAGCUUUAAUUUUAAUUGCUGGUUUUAUUCAUGAUGCAGGUCAUUUCAUUGAUUCACAUCCGGGUGGCCGAGCUUUAAUUAAAAGUUAUAUUGGAAAAGAUGCUACUGUAGCAUUUUAUGGUGGUAUACAUGAUCAUAAUACAGCUGCUCACAAUAUGCUUGCUAUGAUGCGAGUUGCUAUUUGUAAAUAUGGUGGUGAAGUUGAACAUAUUAAAAAAAGACUCGGACAUGUUCAAACUGCGACUCCGAUAUUUGCAUAA